AGUUUACAAGAGUGGCAGGAUAUGACACAAAGAAGAAAUAGUAAGUUGGGAAAAAAUUUCAUUUCACAUAACUAGAAGUAAAAAAAAAAAAAAAAAAGGACGAAGAAGAAGCACUUAUACAAGAAGUCUUAGUGCAGACCAAGACUGGAACUAAUUUUGUUUGGCUUAGACAGUCUUCUUUUAUCUCGGUUUGUAAUAACUAUAACUAAACUUUACCUUACUCAAGUGCUAGCUAGUAAUAGCAUGCAUAUAGUAUAUAUAAAAUAAAUAAAUAAUCUUCUUGUAGACCAAAGGAAAAAAAAAAAAAAAGGAAGACAACAAGUCAGAUUAGGAACUUUCUUGGAAAUGAAGGCUCUAAACUAAAUUUCCCCUUAUAUAUAACCAAUUAAUUAAGCUUUGUGAAGUAGGUGACUUUGGAUUCGAAGUCCCAUAAUUAUGGCAGAAUUAGUGUUCCAGCAACAUGGCAAAAACGUGGACUAUGUAAAGAAAGGGGAGUGGUCGCCCGAGGAAGACCAAAAAUUGAUCGCUUAUAUCAAAAGAUAUGGCAUUUGGAAUUGGACCCAAAUGCCCAAAUAUGCAGGGCUAUCAAGAACUGGAAAGAGUUGCAGACUACGAUGGGUCAACUACCUGAGGCCUGAUUUAAAGAGAGGACUUCUUAGCAUGGAGGAGAUGGAAACCGUGAUCAGAAUGUAUCAAUCGUUUGGUAGCAGGUGGUCAGUUAUAGCUAAAGAACUUCCUGGAAGGACUGACAACCAAAUCAAGAAUUUCUACCAUACACAUUUAAAGAAGCAGCUAGGGACAAAGGUUAAUCAUGUUCAAGAAAAACCUAAGGCAAGCUCCAAAAAAGCCAAGAAAGUUAAACAAAUGAAGAUGGGUCAGAAGAAGAAGCCUUUAUUAGCUAAUAGUAGUCCUCAUGAAUCUUUUGAUUUCACCAAGUCCUCGGCCAGCAACAUCACAUUUGACCCAGACAACUAUGUAAGUAGUUCAAUUGUCAAUGAUCAACAAGUUCCAACUGAAAACAGAGUUGUAGUGGAGAGUAAUCCAGACACAUCUGCAAAUCUUGAUUUUUACAUACAAGAUACUAUCAUGGAUCAUGUGAAUGUUCAUUCAACUAAUGUGGAUUUCUGGUUUGAGCUAUAUAUGGCAGCAGAAAAUGUGAAGAUCUAGAAGCUGAAUCUACUUUGGAAGGUUCAGUUAA